UUGUGUUGAAAAUCAAAUGAACUCGAUGAAAUCAAAAUCGUUUGUCAAAAAGGGCCUGCCUAGCCUCAAGAUUGGACCCUUGGACCCCUUGUUUGUACCAAAGAUACGACUACGCCAAGGCAGUGGACCUGUAUCUCUGGACCUCACGUCUACUGACCAAAUCUUCAAAGGGAUUGUCAACUACAGAAUAACCUCUGCCAAGAUUGAUCUGAAGAAUUACAAGAUGGAGUUUACAGUUACCUUACCUUGGCUCUAUGUCGGAGGAAAAACUAAAAUGGAAGGGAGGAUAUUAGCUUUUCCAAUAAACGGAUAUGGUGACAGUUGGAGUAACUAUACAAUGGUGUCGGGGAAAGCGAUUCUAAAAGGACAUCCUGUAGAAAUGGAAGGAAAGGAGUUCUUUAGACUGGACACAGUCAAAUUUGACAUGGCAGUAAAACAGUACAGAUGA